GAAUAGUGUCACGUUUGACUUUGACGUUAUACAAAAAUGGUGCAGUGUUAGCUCACGGGCUAGCGACGUUUUCUCUGAUAGUUUUGUUUAUUUUCUGACUUGUUAGCAACAAUGAACACACCGUAUACGAGUCGUUUGCAGCGCCGUAACGUGAUUUAAAAUACAUUAGGCAAUGCUUGUGAGAUAUUUGUUCGGUAUAGCUGUUCAGAGGAAUGUCAAAUUGCUCCAUCCUCCCUAUACGAGUGCACUACGUAGGGUCUGAGAGCGCGGUUUAUACAGCCUUUGUAGUGCUCUGUAUGGCUGAUAGGGAGAGGACUGGAAUGAGUUGUGCUGCGUGAUGAUGACACCUGGUUAACUAGAUAUUUCCUUCAUGGCGUAUGUCGAGAGGGGAACAGGUGCAUGUUUUCACACGAUCUGGCAACCAGCAAACCUUCGACAAUUUGUAAAUUUUAUCAGAAAGGUGUAUGUGCUUAUGGUGACCGGUGCAGAUACGACCACAUCAAGCCAGGUGGCCGUGGAGGUGGACCUCCCAUGGAUCACUCGAACAGAACCGGUAGUGCAGGAGCGUCCGUCUUGCCCUCCACAGGACCUGGACCUCCACCAAGCGCCACAAGAAUCACUAAGAAACCAAUCGUGCUGAGAGACAGAGCUUUAGGCAGUGACAGUCGAGGGCAGCCGUACAGUGGAGAAAGUGCAGAGCUUCUGGAUUGCUUGGAUUACAGAGACAUCUCUCAGGUCAAACCUCAUAGCUACCUGGAUGCCAUCCGCUCAGGGCUGGAGAGUUCAGCCACAGCCAGCCCAUACCCAGACCUAUCCCAUCAGGCCUUGCUUUGCCCUUACGCGGCUGCUGGCCAGUGUCACUAUGGCGACACAUGUCCGUAUCUCCAUGGCGACAUGUGUGAAAUUUGCAGGUUGCAGGUCUUGCACCCGCAUGACCCAGUGCAGAGGGCAGCACAUGAGAAGGUGUGUAUGACCGCAUUUGAGAAGGACAUGGAGCAGGCGUUUGCGGUGCAGCAGAGCCAGGAGAAAGUGUGCAGUAUCUGCAUGGAGGUGGUGUAUGAGAAGGCGUCUCCGUCCGAACGGCGCUUCGGCAUCCUGUCCAGCUGCUGCCACACCUACUGCCUCAGCUGCAUCCGCCAGUGGCGCUGCGCCAAGCAGUUUGACAACAAGAUCAUCAAGUCUUGUCCAGAAUGCCGAGUGGUGUCCGAGUUCGUUAUUCCCAGCAUGUACUGGGUGGAAGAUCAGGAGGAAAAGAAUCGUCUCAUUGAAGAGUUCAAAUCUGGAGUCAGUAAAAAACCAUGCAAGUAUUUUGACCAGGGAAGAGGAACGUGUCCGUUCGGAGGGAAAUGUUUCUACAUGCACGCCUACCCCGAUGGAACACGGGCUGAACCGGACAAGCCUCGAAAGCAGCUCAGCUCAGAAGGAAACGUUCGGUUCUUGAAUUCUGUACGUCUGUGGGAUUUCAUCGAGGAACGAGAGCAUCGUGCGGUUCCACAGUACGAAGACGAGGUCAACGACCUGGGCGAACUCUUCAUGCAGCUCUCUGGCGCCGGAGAAGAAAGUGGGACAUCAGCAUCACCCUGAUCUCUUCAGCUUACACACACUCGCAGACCUGUAGGCCGACCACGGCAAGCCAUGGUUUCAUAACUUUGGUAACUGUGUAUGUAAUCCGGGCAAUAAAAAUGUACUCACUGGUAAACAUUUCCCUGUUUAUGGCUCGACAUGGUUUUCUUAAAAAAAAAAAAAAACAAAACUACUUUUUACCUGUGGUACAUUUUUUGUGGUAUAUUACACUAUGUUUAUCAUGAAAAUAUUUAAAGGCACAUGUAUUGUUUGUGUAAGCUGCUAUAUUUUCCUGAGGUGUGUUUAGAAUUUUGCAGGAUUGAACAGAUUUUUAAUAUGUCCAAAGAAAAUUAGCCGUCAAAUAAUAAAAGAAAAAAAAGGACUGCAAAAACCUGCUGGCACACCAUAAACACACUCAAGUAGUGUGAGUGUUAAACAAGUAUCGUGUAUUAUUUUUAAAAAUAUAUAUACUGUAAUUGUUGCACUUAGAUCCAUUUACACAGACACAACAACUCUAUCUUUGAGAAACAUAUUGGCAGUUUUUAGGACCGUUUAGAUCGAACUACAUGCUGUUGAUGUCAAUACUAGAAAAGGUUUAAGUCUGUACCAUCAUGUGCACACAAGGCUCGAAGGUAUAGUCAGGUAGAAACGUCCCUCUACUACCAAUUAGUGUUUCUCAAAAGCUGAUACAGUAGUUUAUCCAUGUUGUUUGAGUUAUUUAUUUAAAACUGAGGCAGAUAUUAGUUGUUUGAGAUCCUAGAAUGAAAUAAAAAAAAAUUAAAAAUUUAAAAAGAUUA